AAUCCCAAGAGCUGUAUAUUCGCUACAUAGAUGUUCUGCAGCGACGCGAGGGUAGCUUGCGUCAUCUCACUAAAAACCUUUCCGACGCUCUCUACUUAUCUACGGCCAGGGAACUAAGAUUUAUGCAUACACAACGAAAGUUUCGUCAAACGCUCGUUCUACCCUAGGGAAAUGAAACUGCAACUCCAUCCCUACACCAUCUGAACAGAAUUCCAUCAACCAUGCGGCUCUCAACUGCAGCCCUUACCCUCUUCUGCGCCUUUACAACUGCAGUCCCGCUCGCCUCCAAACACAACAUCUACCUCGCAACCUGCACACGUCCCCGCUCCUGCCUCCUAAUAAUCUGCGACGACCCCGACCCCAUCACCGCAGCAGCAUUCUACGCCUCAGGCGCCUCCACGGCCGCCAGACCGACCGACAUCACCACGAUCUCGGAUCCGGCGGCGGCAUGGGAAGGCGUAACUCGCUCAGGUAGAUUGACGACGGGGAAACUGACGAGUGCCAUUGACAAGGGCGCGAAAGCUGUGGCGAAGGGAGAAAUUGCGGGGAGUGCGAAGAUCGGCGCCGAAGAGUAUGUUUGCUUUAAGGAUGGGGCGAGUAAGUUUACGGUGCAAGGGUGGGAAGAUUGGAGUGCGCAGAAGCUGAGUUGCACGGCGGAUUAUUGGUGUGCUAGUACGAGUUGAGGAUUGGUGAGCUGUGGUGGAGAAAAACUGGGUGCGCGUUGUGCGAGGGAACAGGUUGCUGAGCUCUGGGAUGGUUUGGUGUGUUUGCGCAUGUUGCGACUCUGGCGCUCCUCAAGGGAAAUUGAAUGCAUCGCAGCUUUUUGAAAUGUCCGAAGGCUUGCCGAGUGAACAAGAAUUCUGCUUAGAGAUGCUUGA